UUAGCAUUUUAGUUAUGAUGAUGAUAAAAGUAGACGAGUUAGCAUCGCGGCUUCAGAUCUGAGAGUGCAGAGCCCACAGUGAUAAAACUCUGAGUUACAAAGAGAGAGAGAAAACACCAGUCUCAAAGAAGCUUGCGCUUCAAACCAAAGCUUAUUUCCUCAACAGAGUCUCUGUACUGUGAGCUCAUACUAAACAAAUGGGGGAGGAAGAGAAGAAACCACCGGCAGAGGAGAAGAAAAUGGAGAAGAAACCUGCAGAAGAAAAGAAAGAGAAGAAAGACGAAGAGAAAGCUCCAGCUGAAGAAAAGGCAGCUGAAGAUUCAAAAGAUGGUAAAGAAGAAAAAGCCCCUCCUCCACCACAAGAAAUCGUCUUGAAAGUUUACAUGCAUUGUGAGGGUUGUGCUCGCAAAGUUCGCCGCUGUCUCAAAGGCUUUGACGGAGUUGAAGAUGUAAUGACUGAUUGCAAGAGUCAUAAGGUAGUUGUGAAAGGAGAAAAGGCUGAUCCACUCAAGGUUUUGGAGAGAGUUCAAAGGAAGGGUCACCGGCGGGUAGAGCUUCUUUCUCCGAUCCCAAAACCUCCGGCAGAGGAGGAGAAAAAGCCUGAAGAGAAGCCUAAACCUGAAGAGAAGAAAGAUGAGCCACAAGUGAUCAGGGUAGCGCUAAAAGUUCACAUGCAUUGCGAGGCUUGUGCUCAGGGGAUCAAAAAACGCAUACUGAGAAUGAAAGGGGUGGAAGCGGCAGAACCAGAUCUAAAGGCCUCAGAGGUUUCAGUGAAGGGUGUUUUUGAUCCUCCAAAGCUGGUUGAAUACCUGCACAAGAAGACUGGGAAGCAUGCGGUGAUUGUGAAACAAGAGCCAGAGAAGAAAGAAGAGAAAGCCCCGGAAGCCAAAGAAGAAGGUGGUGGUGGUGAGAAAGAAAAGAAAAGUGGUGAAGAAGAAAACAAAGAGAAAAAAGAAGGUGACAAUGAAGGUAAAGCAGGAGAGGCAGCAGAAGAGACAAAAGUGGUGGAGCUCAGGAAAAAUGAAUAUUAUUACUAUUACCCACCAAGGUAUGACAUAGAACCAUAUGCAUACCCUCCACAGAUCUUCAGUGAUGAGAACCCUAAUGCUUGUUCUGUCAUGUAAAAAUUUGGGGAACUCAGGGACAAAAAGGAGAUAAGAAAAAAAAGGACGUGAUCAAUCUUAUCUAUCUCCCUGUGCUUCCCUCUUGUAUCGUGUAGUCUUUUCUGCUAUACAGUAUAAUCUGCAGAUUAGCUGUAGAAUUUUGUGAGGCUUGUCCUCCUUAAGCUUAAGCUAUUAUAUAUAAAUAUAUAAAUGACAAUCAUUUCAAGUC